AUGCAUUCAUUCCUCGUUUCUUAUCAUGACCCCGUCGCCGCCACCUACGGCCCCGUCGCCGCCACCUGCGGCCCCGUCGCCGUCACCUGCGGCCCCGUCGCCGCCACCUGCGGCCCCGUCGCCGCCACCUGCGGCCCCGUCGCCGUCACCUGCGGCCCCGUCGCCGCCACCUGCGGCCCCGUCGCCGCCACCUGCGGCCCCGUCGCCGCCCCCUGCGGCCCCGUCGCCGCCACCUACGGCCACGCAGCCGCCACCUGCGGCCCCGCCGCCACCUUCGGCCCCAUCGCCGCCACCUGCGGCCCCGUCGCCGUCACCUGCGGCCCCGUCGCCCUCCCCUAG